UUUGUGAUCACUAAUCUCUCGUUCUUUGUCUGCCAUGCAGUUUGCCUCCGGAUCCAGAUCAACCCCCAGAACAAAGGCGAGUUCCAAGGCAUUUCACCAGAGCGGGCAUUUGCUGAUUUCCUCUUUGCCAACACCAUCCUCCAUCUCGUUGUCAUCAAUUUUGUGGGCUGA